CGAGAUUUACCAGAGCGCUGGCGGAGGUCCAAAUCGUGUUCACCCUAUCGAGGCAUUACAGAUCAAGUUGUAGAAGUGUGUUAACUGUGGGAUCUAGUUAAUUAUGUCGAUAAUUGACCGAAUUAGCUCUUCGAAACCAAUCUUACUCGAUGGAGCAUUGGGCACUCUUCUGUCGCAGGAAAGUCAGAGCCAUGCGCUCUGGUCUACCCAUGCGGUCGUAGUCGAACCACGCACUAUUGAGUCUAUCCACGAGGAAUAUAUACAGAACGGGGCAGAACUUUUGUUGACAUCGACAUACCAAACCAGCGAAGCCAAUGUCAAGAAAUGGUUCAAAGAUGAAGACUAUUCAGAGGUUGUCAAGAGAAGCGUGGAUUUGGCAUAUGAGGCCAAGAUGAAGUGCAAUGGAGGCCGGCAAGUGUUUAUAGCUGGGAGCGUCGGCCCCUUUGGUGCAUCUUUAGCCAAUGGAGCUGAAUACACUGGGGAUUAUGGCAACAUUACAGAUGAAGAACUGGUUGAAUUUCAUAGAAAGAGACUCGAUAUUCUUUGUGACGAUAGAAGGGUUGAUAUCAUUGCAUGGGAGACAGUGCCUAGUCUGCAAGAAGUUCGUGUUCUCACACGAAUGAUGAACGAGAGAGAAAAACCGUACUAUCUAUCUUUUAGUGUCAAAGAGGAUACACUCGCUGAUGGUACGCCUCUUGAUGAAUUUGUAACAGAGAGUCUAAAGGGUAAAAACCUUACCUGUAUUGGGGUUAACUGUCUCGGAUCUUCAAGUUCAUUGCAUUGGUUGUCCAAGUUGAGACCGUUUGGAAAACCGCUGGUUGUGUAUCCAAACUCUGGUGAAAUAUAUCGAAACGGCAAGUGGGAAGACGCUGCAAAAGUCGAAGCAUUGUCAUGGGUAGACUACGUUGAGCAGCUACACGCAAUUGGUAAUGUCAAGAUUAUAGGUGGAUGUUGCAGAACAACACCAAAGACCAUAAAUGCUAUAGGCGAGGCAAUAAACAAGGUAUGGUGAAAGCGAGCCAACCGGUCUAGCUGUCUUCCCAUUUUGUUGAGUAAAUUACUCGCCGUGAACAAGUCGUAUAUUGUUUUCCAUGCAUGAAUUUGCACCCGAAGACACCCAAAACACCUCGAAAAGCGAUUUCUUUUUAGACACUGGGGAUUUGAU